GCAGCGCCCGGGCGGUGCGCCCAGCAAGGCGAGGCGGCGGGUGUAAGCGAGAGCCGGCCGCCUCUGUCCCCCUCGCUUCGGUGCGGCUGUCCGCGGCGCUGCCUCCGCCCUUGCCGCGCGCCGCCGCCAGCAGGACUCCAGGGAGCCCCCUGCGCCCCCGACGGGGCCGAGGAGUCGGGACUUGGGGAUCCGGCGCUGAGGGAGGAGCCUGGUCGGAGCUGCGAAGCCCAAGGCUCCGGGGCGUGGAGGUGGGGGGCUGAGGCCCCUGAAGGGGCCCCGCCGCGAUGGGCAACCUGGAGAGCGCCGAGGGGAGCCCGGGAGAGCCGCCCUCUGUCCCGCUGCUGCUGCCGCCCGGCAAGAUGCCGAUGCCUGAGCCCUGUGAGCUGGAGGAAAGGUUCGCCCUGGUGCUGAGCUCCAUGAAUCUGCCUCCAGACAAGGCCCGGCUCCUCCGGCAGUAUGACAAUGAGAAGAAGUGGGAUCUGAUCUGUGACCAGGAACGAUUCCAGGUGAAGAAUCCUCCCCACACUUACAUUCAGAAACUCCAGAGCUUCUUGGACCCCAGUGUAACUCGGAAGAAGUUCAGGAGGAGGGUUCAGGAGUCAACCAAAGUACUAAGGGAGCUGGAGAUCUCUCUUCGCACCAACCACAUUGGGUGGGUGCGGGAGUUUCUCAAUGAUGAAAACAAAGGCCUGGAUGUGCUGGUGGAUUACCUGUCCUUUGCCCAGUGUUCUGUCAUGUUUGACUUUGAGGGUCUGGAGAGUGGUGACGAUGGUGCAUUUGACAAACUCCGGUCCUGGAGCAGGUCAAUCGAGGACCUGCAGCCACCCAGCGCCCUGUCGGCCCCCUUCACCAACAGCCUCGCUCGCUCUGCGCGCCAGUCUGUGCUCCGGUAUAGCACUCUCCCUGGGCGCAGGGCCCUGAAGAACUCCCGCCUAGUGAGCCAGAAGGAUGAUGUCCACGUCUGUAUCCUUUGUCUCAGAGCCAUCAUGAACUAUCAGUAUGGAUUCAACCUGGUCAUGUCCCACCCCCAUGCUGUCAAUGAGAUUGCACUUAGCCUCAAUAACAAGAAUCCAAGGACCAAAGCCCUUGUCUUAGAGCUUCUGGCAGCUGUGUGUUUGGUGCGAGGAGGUCACGAAAUCAUCCUUUCUGCCUUUGACAAUUUCAAAGAGGUAUGCAAGGAGCUGCACCGCUUUGAGAAGCUGAUGGAAUAUUUCCGGAAUGAGGACAGCAACAUCGACUUCAUGGUGGCCUGCAUGCAGUUCAUCAACAUCGUGGUGCACUCGGUGGAGGACAUGAACUUCCGGGUCCACCUGCAGUAUGAGUUUACCAAGCUGGGGCUAGAGGAGUUCCUGCAGUCAAGGCACACAGAGAGCGAGAAGCUGCAGGUGCAGAUUCAGGCAUACCUGGACAACGUGUUUGAUGUCGGGGGUUUGUUGGAGGAUGCUGAGACCAAGAAUGUAGCCCUGGAGAAGGUGGAGGAGUUGGAGGAGCAUGUGUCCCAUCUCACAGAGAAGCUUCUGGACCUAGAGAAUGAGAACAUGAUGCGGGUGGCAGAGCUAGAGAAGCAGCUUCUGCAGCGGGAGAAGGAACUAGAGAGCAUCAAGGAGACAUACGAGAACACAAGCCACCAGGUGCACACCCUGCGGAGGCUCAUUAAAGAGAAGGAGGAGGCUUUCCAGCGUCGAUGCCAUUUGGAGCCAAGUGUCCGGGGCCUGGAGUCUGUGGGCAGUGAGGCCCUGGCCAGAGUAGGCCCUGCAGAGCCGAGUGAGGGCAUGCCACCCUCCGACCUAGACCUUCUGGCUCCAGCCCCACCCCCCGAGGAGGUCCUGCCUCUGCCUCCACCACCAGCUCCACCCUUGCCCCCUCCACCUCCCCCAUUACCAGACAAGUGUCCCCCUGCCCCACCUCUCCCUGGUGCUGCACCCUCUGUGGUGUUGACAGUGGGCCUGUCAGCCAUUCGAAUUAAGAAACCUAUCAAGACCAAGUUCCGGCUGCCUGUCUUCAACUGGACAGCACUGAAACCCAACCAGAUCAGUGGCACUGUCUUCAGCGAACUUGAUGACGAGAAGAUCUUGGAGGACCUGGAUCUGGAUAAGUUUGAAGAAUUAUUCAAGACAAAAGCACAGGGCCCUGCCCUUGACCUCAUCUGCUCCAAGAACAAGACAGCGCAAAAAGCUGCCAGCAAGGUGACUCUGUUGGAAGCCAAUCGUGCCAAGAACCUGGCCAUCACCCUACGCAAGGCUGGCCGCUCAGCUGAGGAGAUCUGCAGGGCCAUUCACACGUUUGACUUGCAGACGCUACCUGUGGACUUCGUGGAGUGCCUGAUGCGCUUCCUGCCCACGGAGGCUGAGGUGAAGCUGCUGCGGCAAUAUGAGCGUGAGCGGCAGCCCCUGGAGGAGUUGGCGGCUGAGGAUCGCUUCAUGCUGCUCUUCAGCAAGGUGGAGCGGCUGACCCAGCGAAUGGCUGGCAUGGCCUUCCUGGGGAACUUCCAGGACAACUUGCAGAUGCUCACACCGCAACUCAAUGCCAUCAUUGCGGCGUCCGCUUCCGUCAAGUCUUCACAGAAGCUGAAGCAGAUGUUGGAGAUCAUACUUGCACUGGGGAACUACAUGAACAGCAGCAAGCGAGGAGCUGUGUAUGGCUUCAAGCUCCAGAGCCUGGAUCUGCUGUUGGAUACCAAGUCCACUGACCGGAAGAUGACACUGCUUCAUUUCAUCGCCUUGACAGUGAAGGAGAAAUACCCAGACCUGGCUAACUUCUGGCAUGAGCUGCACUUUGUUGAGAAGGCUGCAGCAGUGUCCCUGGAGAACGUGCUGCUGGAUGUGAAGGAGCUGGGCCGAGGCAUGGAGCUGAUUCGGCGAGAGUGCAGCAUCCACGACCACAGCGUCCUCCGGAACUUCCUCAGUACCAAUGAAGGCAAACUAGACAAGCUCCAGCGGGAUGCCAAGACGGCUGAGGAGGCCUACAAUGCAGUUGUGCGCUACUUUGGCGAGAGUCCCAAAACAACACCUCCUUCUGUGUUCUUCCCAGUAUUUGUCCGAUUCAUUCGUUCUUACAAGGAAGCAGAGCAAGAGAAUGAAGCCCGCAAGAAGCAGGAGGAGGUAAUGCGGGAGAAACAGCUGGCUCAGGAAGCCAAGAAACUGGAUGCCAAGACUCCAUCCCAGAGGAACAAGUGGCAACAGCAGGAGUUAAUAGCAGAGUUGAGGCGGCGCCAGGCCAAGGAACACCGGCCUGUUUAUGAGGGAAAGGAUGGUACCAUCGAGGACAUCAUCACAGUGUUGAAGAGUGUCCCUUUCACGGCCCGUACUGCCAAGCGGGGCUCACGCUUCUUCUGUGAUGCAGCCCACCAUGAUGAGUCAAACUGUUAGCCCCCAAGGCUGGGGCCCUUGACAGGCCUCCACUGCCAGCCUAUUGUUGUUCGCCACCAAGCCAGGAGCGCUGCGCUGCCCAGUGGCCCCCCUCGGGCUCCAGGCCCCCACUGAGAACCCUCUUAAGAGGCAGAAGCACUUCAGCGUUCAGAGUCCUACAAGUCCAACCAGUGGACCUGGAAUUGGCCAAGGGCCCAGGAGAGGACUAUGCUGCUCUCAACCCUGUCCGCCCCAGCUCCCAAGGCUGGAUCUUUCUCCUUGUGCCACUAUGGGCACUAGGUCUGUAGGUCUCUGGUGCCUCCAGUACUGCACUUUGCUCCCAAGAUCUUUGACUUCAUUUCCUGAAGGGUCACCAAGGGUCAGCCCAGGACUGAGAAAAACCAUUUCCAGCUUUAGCCUAUACAGGGCACGUAGAUCUCUCUCCCACUAGAGCCCAGAGUGCUGACAGGAAAGAGAAACUGUCUUUUUUUUCCUUUCUUUUUCGCAGGCCCAUGGGCGGCUCUGGUCUAGAUGUAUCUACGCUUACAGAGCCCUGGGACUCACUCUGUCAGUCUCAGUUCAUCUCUUACCAGGAGCAAGGCCCUCUGCCAGCUGUGCCCUAGUGAUAAGAGUAAGAGGAGAGAUGUCAGGCUCACUGCCCUGUUUUUUUUGCCCAUUUCAUUCUAGGCUCACACUUUUCCUUGUCAAGGUGGGCAGAAGAAUAGAGGUUUUCUUUGCACCAAUCCCUUUCUGCAGAUGGCUGGAGAAGGGGUGUGCCAACCCCUUUUACCUUUUCUUCAGCUACGUUUUGGGUUUUUUUUUUUUGGCAGGGGAUGGGGAGCAUGGUGGUCUUAGCUGACUGUUUGCUCUGCUUCCUGUUUCUCCUCUGCCCCUAGAAGGGAAUGUGGGGGCCCACUUAUUUUGUACAUGUUCCACCUCCCUUUCCUCUUGUACAUAAACCCCAGACUUUCCCUCCCUCAACAAAGGCUUGAAGCACCA